AAGAAACUCAUAAUGUGUGGUUUUGUGUGGAGUCGUAGCUAAAAGAUUAACAGACUCAGUCCUCUCCCGCUGCUGGAUAUGAGUAGCAACAGCCCCAGAAAGAUGUACGUGUCCACUUUCAGGAUUGAUCUCCAGCGACCCAGAAAUGCUGGGGAGAAGGUGAAGGAGAAUGGGACAGUUGACAGGAUGUCCAUCUCUGAGAGGAUGGCUGAGAUUCCUAACGCAGAAUGUAACCUUGGGAUCACAAGAGGUAAACCUUCUGCUCAACCUCCUUGCAGCGGAAGCAAAGGAACUUCACCACCCAACAGCCACGUUAAGGAACAAACAACUGGGCCUGUUGAACAACCCAGGACUCGUGCAAACAGAACAGAAGCUCCGCUGAAGUUUGAGAAGAUCCCCGAGAGCCUCGAGGUGAGGGCAGGAGAACAGGCCCAACUGCAGUGCACCUUCCACAGCUCGUUCCCCGUUGCCUGCUGCUGGAUCCACAACAAACAGCAGGUGGUAAGCGGACUUCGGAUCCAGGUGGAGAGCAGCAGUCAGGGUAGCAAGCUGGUGAUCUCGAAGGCGCAGCCGGAGGACGCAGGCAGCUACACUGUUGUGGCCAGAGAUCAAAAUGGUUCAAUUCAACACAAAGUCAACCUUAGUGUAAUUGAUCGGCCCGAGCCUCCAGCAUCUGCUCCUGUCAUUUCUCAGCUGACUUCUAGCUCUCUGGUUUUGUCCUGGUCGGGACCCAGUUACGACGGAGGCAGUGCCGUCACGGGAUACGUGAUAGAAGUAAGGGCAGGAGGUUCUGGGAAACCUGGGAACUGGAGUGAGGUGACCAGCUGCUGCACAAGUACCUCAUACAGGGUGCAAUCGGGUCUGGAGCCCCAGAGGCAAUACUGCUUCCGUGUCAGGGCUUACAACCGAGCGGGAGUAAGCGAACCCAGCCAGCAGUCGGAAAUUAUCAAAAUGGACAGCCAAGCCGAGCCGCUGGAGGAGCUCCAGGAGUACGUGAACGUCACCAUCGACACAACCAAUAGAGUGAGCGACCACUACGAUGUCCUGAACAAGCUGGGAGUGGGGAAGUUUGGGGAGGUCUUUCUUCUGAAGCACAAGAAGACUGGCAGGGAGUGCGCGGGGAAGUUUUACAAGGCUCGCCUGAGCAAGGAGAAGGUGGCGGCCCGCAAGGAGAUCGAGCUGAUGAAUGAGCUGCACCACCCCAAGCUGGUGCAGUGUCUGGGGGCGUACGAGAGCCGAUCGGAGCUCGUCAUGGUCAUGGAAUUCAUUGCUGGUGGAGAGCUUUUUGAACGCAUUGUGGAUGACAGCUUUGAGCACACAGAACCCACUUGCGUCCAGUACGUGCAGCAGAUCCUCGAAGGCAUCCAGUACAUGCACCAGAAAGGCAUUGUGCACCUGGACCUCAAACCCGAGAACAUUGUGUGUGCUGACAGGACGGGAACCUUCAUCAAAAUCAUCGACUUUGGUCUGGCCAACAAGCUGGACCCUAAGACUCCCUUAAAAGUGAUGCAUGGAACACCAGAGUUUGUGGCCCCCGAGGUGAUCGCCUAUGAGCCGGUUGGUCUGGCCACUGACAUGUGGAGCAUCGGUGUUAUCUGCUACAUCUUGUUGAGUGGGGAGUCACCCUUCCAGGGAGACAGUGAUGCGGAGACGUUGGCUCUGGUCACAGCAGCUCAGUGGGAGUUUGAUGAAGAGAGUUUUGAGGAGAUCACUGAGCAGGCCAAAGACUUCAUCAGCGCUCUACUCAAGAAAGACAUGAAGCGCAGGCUUUCUUGUGAAAAAGCACUGGCCCACCCAUGGAUGGCGGCCUUUGCUUCUGCUGACCCCCGUGCUGCCAAGUCUCUUUCCAAGGAGAAGAUGAAGAAGUUCCUGGCCAGGCAGAAGUGGAAGAAAACCGGAAAAGCUCUUCUGGCCCUAAAGAGAAUGGCAUUGCUCUCCAACAAAUCAGUUGAGUCUGAGUCCCCUUUCAGCAAUGAAAAAGAUUCUGCCCUGGGCCUGGAGACAGAGCUUGCUUUGGAGAAGCAGCUGCAGCAGGAGCCAUACUUUACCAAAACUCUGGUGGAUCAGACCAAGCCCUUGGGCUCCACUGUUCACCUUACAUGUCACAUCCAGGGGUAUCCGGCCCCAAAUGUGCAGUGGCUUCAGGAGGGUGAACUCGUGGUAGAGUCCCCAAGGGUGCAGGUGGAGUGUGAUACAGAUGGCAGCUGCAGCCUGGUUCUGACUGAUUUGAGGAUGGAGGAUGCCGGGGUGUACGCCUGCAAGGCUACCAACAGUCUAGGGGAAGUGAUGUGCUCUGCCAAAGUGGCAGUGACCUGAGCAAGGUGAGACAAGUUUAAAAAAAGAUGCACACACCACCUUUAGGGAAACUACUGCUCAUUUUAGCACUUUAUUGUGCCUUUAUAUAUUUUUAAUGUCUCUAGAUGAUGGUUAACAGAAUUAUGCCAUAAUGAGUUCAGUUAUCAGUGGGGCUGGGAAUUGCCAAGUGUCAAAAUAUAAAGUUAUUUGGCCAAAUUGUGAAAUUUUAAUUUUGUGCUUGUUUUUGCUUUGGUUUCAUAAGUCAGUUGGCAUGCACCUGCAAUAUAAGUGGUUAGUUCUCAAAUGUGACACUGACGGUAUAUUUUACCACAAUGGGGGGAAAAACUGCUUUAGUGCAUCUUUCAAAAUCACACUUGAAGUAUAAAGAAAUGUUUUUGUUGUACAAUGAGUUUUAAUGUUCACUUUUAAUGAUCCUCAGACCUUUGUAAGCAUUAAUUAUCAAUAUGUGCUGGAUAAAACUCUUUUCCAUAAAUAACUUGUACAA